AUGCCUAAUUAUUUAGGUCAGUUUAAACAAGAGUUUAAUUUAAAUAGACGAAGAAUGUUAUUUAGAAGUAUUGGUACAAACUUGCCAGAACUUAAUACUUUUCCUCAUUUAGAUACAAGUGAUUUCUUUAAAGACCUUACCAGGUGCAACAGGCUUGCUGAUAAUAUUAUGGCGAAUACGAUGGCGAUCAGAGAUCGAGGUGUUUAUUUAGCUGAAAUAAGUCCAGAGUUAGAGUUUUCUGAGGAACUUGUAAUGCACAAUUGA